UUAAUAUAAAACGAAAGAAAACCUGCAGUUUAAUUCAUAGAAUUGAUAAAGGAACUGUGUCUGUGAGAAAGAAAAGCAUGGCAGCUCUCCUAAUAAACCGAGACAAAAAACAACUUUCGGAAUGGAUCGGCAAAGAUUGUCACUUUAAACUGCUGUACAAAAUAUCCAGAGACGGGUGUACCCCUCAGAAGUUCCAUGAGUUGUGUGACAACAAGGGCCCUACGGUGACCAUUUUCUACAACACUGACAAUAAUGUGUACGGAGGAUAUGCGUCGGAAAGUUGGAAAAGUGAAGGAGAAUGGUACACCGAUAAAAAUUCGUUUUUAUUCAAACUGUACACAAUAUCAAAAUGGCAGCCCAAAAUAUUUCCUUUAAAAGGGGGAAAAACUUCGAAUCUUUAUUUUGAUAGCGGUAAUGGCCCACAGUUCGAAGAUUUAAUGUCUUUUGAGAAUAAGGUGGACAGCACUUUAGGCAAUUUUUCCUUAAAUUCAGAUAAUAUGUUCGAAAGUAGAUACUAUGAUUCAAAAAAUGAGGAUGCUCAGUCCAUAGCAAAUGGACACAACAAUGUGACAGACAUGGAGGUGUAUUUGAUAAAAGAUGGACUUCCAGUGUCAUGGAGACAGUCGCCGGCUUGGGAAGAACAGACUCUUCACACUCUGAAGGAUUCCAUCAGAUCGUUUUCGCCGCUGAAGGAUUCGAAUGUUUCUGAAGUAAACAUUCUUCUCGUUGGUCAUGUUGGUGCCGGCAAGUCAAGUUUGUUGAAUACAAUCAACUCCAUCUUUCGAGGAGAGAUUUCAUCACGUGCUUGGACCGGAAGCUCCCAACACAGUCUUACAACAAGUUUCAACAAAUUUCGAGUUCGAGACCAAUCUUCUGGAAAUUUCUUAAAAUUCAGACUGUGUGACACACGAGGAUUAGAAGAGUCUCUGGGUAUUAAGAAUGAUGAUAUUGUCUACAUCCUGGAUGGGAAUCUGCCAAAUAACUACAAGUUUAACCCUGUGGCUGCAGCAUCAUCAGAUAUAAAUGGAUUCCAGAAACAUCCAACCCUGAAGGAUAAAAUUCAUUUGGUAGUCUUUGUGUUGGAUGGAAGCACAUUUGAUGUUAUUCCUGAAGGGAUUUCAAAAAAACUAAUGGACAUCAGAGAAAUGAUAAUUGAUAGAGGCAUUCCUUUAUUAGUUUUUGCGACAAAGAUUGAUAAAGUAUGCAGUUUAGUUGAUGAAAACGUACAAGAAGUAUUUCACAGCCAGGCUGUAAAAGAAAUGGUUGAAAACAUUGCUGAUAGCAUCGCCAUCCCAAAAGCUCAUGUUCUUCCGGUGAAAAACUACGAGAGAGAGGGAUGUCUUGAGACGGAUGUAAGCAUUUUGGCAUUGAAUGCUUUAAAACAAGCUUUGGUAUUUACCAACGAUUUUUUGGAAAACCAAUGUGAACUGUUAGAAAAAGGUGCCACACAACUGAAUGUGAAGGACUAACUUUCAAAAUAGCAUGUCGUAAAAUAAGUCAACUGUAAAGAGUCCAGGUCUUAUGUAUAAGUAAUUUGUUGUUUAUUUAAACAAUGUUCCAAUUAGAUUAGAUUAGAACAGUGGGGUUUUGAAAUUUUCCUUUUAUUAAGUGACUUUAUAUAAAUAAAGAAAUGUCAUACCUUCAGAUUGAUGAUUGUGAUUUUUAUCAAAACGGGCAAUUGGUGAUGAUUAGAAACCAACUGAAACUUCUAAGUAGGACAGAAAAUUUUAUUCAAUUAUAAGGAGAAAUUGGAAGAAUUGGAAUGUUUAAGGUUGGUUGAAAACUUGAAAGUCUUUUAAACAAUCAUACAAAAGAAACGCAACAUCCACUUUUAGAGUAUAAUACAUGUAUUACCAAUAUGUUAUACUUGUGACUAUACGAAAAGUAUGUCACUAUACUUAACAUUAUCAACUUUGUCAAGUCUUAAAUACAAUAGCGGGGAAUUAAAUUAAUCCUUAGAAAAUAAAUUGUAGUUGUCACGGAUAGCCUUCAUGCUUAAAGAAGGAAGGAUAUACUUUGUUUAAAACCCCAUAGGAAGCAAAUAUACCUCAACGCCCCGCCCUCUUUAGAAAAAAAAAGAAUAACAUGUGAUGUGAUUAAUUGGGGUUUAUUG